UCUCUGUAACUCAUCUCUGUCUCACAAAUCAUUUUUGGACUCUAUGCAACUGUAUGCCAAUGAAGGUGUUGGCAUUGUUGAUUGCUAUUCCAAUUUCUCUAGUGAAAACAGUAACCUAGGAAUAUAGUUUGAAACCAACAAUCAAUCCUGUUUCCAGCAUUUCUUAAAAAUGUAAAUAUUACAGGCAACAUAAGUAGCACUGUCCGGAUGGUAUACAAGUUCCAAUUAUUUGUUUUUGUCCUGGACGAAGUAUUGCACGUCAAGUUAAAGUAUUUAUCCAAAGCGAUGUUCAACCAAAUGACCAUUCGUGAUCGCUGCGUAUACAAUGAUUGCACAAAUACCAGAGAAAAUAGUGAAUGCAGGUUUUUUCGAUUUCCAGGACCAAGAGACCCCCGUCAACAUAUUUGGAUUAAAAACUCUGGAAAUAACUGCUUAAAAUUAUGGUCAGCAGCAACCGUGCAGAAUGCAGUAUUAUGCCAAAAUCAUUUUGCUUCUUAUUACUUUACCGAUGAAAGUCGUCAUCAGUUAAGAUGUUAUGCUGUACCGGUAUGUUAUAAAUCCAAAUCAGAUAAAUCCAACCUUAGUGAUUCUGUAACAGUUAAAGUUUUACAAAAUUUAAUGUUUCAAAAUCCUUGUGGAAAAAUAGAGGAACAUUCAGGAUUACCUACUCCUGAAAGUGACACAAAUACCAGUAUUCCUAUUGAAGUAGCUUCAAGAGAGAAUACUAGAAAAUCUAUUAUAACUGAUGGAAUGAAAAAGCGGAAUACCUUGCUCAAUAUAUCAUUACAACGAUUAAGAAUUAAAUAUGAAGAGAACCAUUUAAAAAUGGAAAAUCAAAAGCUAAGAAAACGAAAAUACGUUGGACAAAGAAUAAAUGCAAUUUUAGAGAAGACCCAUUUACGACCUUCAGCAAAAGCUGCAAUUAGACUUCAAUUACUGGAAUGGAAAAGUCCUUAUACUAAGGAAGAAAAAGAUUUAGCAAAACAGUUACUUUUUCAUUCCGUUUCCGCACUCAUGCUAUUGCGGAAACGAGGAUGUAAUUUUCCUAGUGAAAGUGCCAUUUGGCAAUGGAUCACAGAAUAUGAUAAAUCUAAUAAUAUGUAGCAGAAUUCAUUCAAAAGGUUCAUUUUCAAAUAAAAACGCAUGUAAUUUAAUUGUAUAUAAUGUGACAUCAUUUUGUACAGUUAUCUGUUAUGUGGACACCACUCGACACUGACUUACAGGUUAAUGGAAUCAAAUGUAUCAUUUAUAUAAAUCUCGCACACAAUAAAAUAAUCAACUAACGGGUUACUGAUUCUUCGAUUUAUUCUGAAAGAUUUAUCCGGUAAUUGAACAUAACCUCAUUUUGGUAGCAGUGCUUCCAUCUACUACACCAAAACGUAACGUAUUCAUAUUUACUUAACUAUUUUCUAAACGAUUCUACAGUUGGGGUUCUAUUUAGUAAUACUUUCCGUGACAUAAAUCGUGUAAACAAAACCUCCAAAACAUUAUUGCCGUUACCACUGUAAUAUAUAAAUUUUGUAAGUAGAUGUAGAAUAUUUGUUAUAUAAAUACAAAAAUUAUUACGUGAAAUGUCUACGCAAGAGAUAGAGGAGACUCCAAAAACGGAAUUUCAUUUCAUUAAAGAAGUCGAUUGCAAACAAGGAGCUGUACGCUCAGUACGUUUCAGUGUCGAUGGAUCAUAUUGUCUGACAUGUGGAUCGGACAGAAAGUUGAAACUAUGGAAUCCAUACCGGAGCGUUCUUUUGAAAACUUACGGAGGACAUGGAGAUGAGGUAAUGGAUGCAAGUCCUUCCUGUGAUAGUAGUCAAUUGAUAUCUUGCGGUUCAGAUAAAUCUGUAAUUCUUUGGGAUGUGGCCACGGGUUCACCUGUACGAAGACUUAGAGGCCAUGCAGGACCCGUUACAACAGUCAGAUUUAAUGAAGAAUCUUCUAUGGCAGUCUCUGGUUCUCGAGAUAACGCAGUAAUGUGUUGGGAUAUUCGUUCAAAAUCCUUUGAGCCAACUCAGGUUCUUAAAGAAGCUAAAGAUUCAAUAUCCAGUGUGAGGGUCUCGGAUCACGAAAUAUUAUCAGGUUCUUUUGAUGGAAGAAUACGCAGAUAUGACAUACGUGUAGGAGAGGUGCUAACAGAUUAUAUUGGAGAUGCUGUAACCUGUGCCAGUUUCACAAGAGAUGGGCAGUGUAUCGUUGUUAGUUGUGCCGACGGAGUCAUUAGAUUAAUGGAUAAAGAUUCGGGUGAACUACUUGGAGAGUUUACAGGACAUUCUGCAGAUAAUUUAUGCUUAGAAUCCAGUAUCGAUUGUCAAGAUGUAUAUAUAAUUUCUUGUUCUGGAGAUGGUAAACUAUGGGUUUGGGAGUUGGCCACGCAGAAAGUAUUUGCUAAAUUAACUGGGCUUGAUCCCUCCAAGCACCCCACCGUUUCCCUUAGCGUACAUCCACAAAGAAAUUGUAUCUUGGCUACGAGUGGAACAAAAUUACUAAUGUGGGACACUGUAAAUUGUAGCAUAGAUUAAUAUUAUCAAGUUUCUUUCCAUAAAAGCUUAAUUUUUGCAAUGAAUAGAAUGUACAUACUAUGUCGUUUGUCAUUUACUUUAACGCCUUUAAUUUCAAAGUUCACUUUAAGACUUUAAGCUACUUAUUUUGAUUCAAUAAUGCAUCAUUAAAAGAACAUAAAAAUCAGUUCCUCUGUAAAUUAAUAACGCAGUUAAUAAAUAAAAUUAUAAA